GACUGCUAAACAGCCAGGGCUUCUCAUUUUGCCUUGGGCUGGCAGCAGGAGCCUCCGCCGGGGAGGUGGGGGAGGUUGCUGGGGUGUUUGGAGGAGCCCGGGGCGCUGCUGGUGAACAGACGCUCUCGCUGUGCUCAUGCGUUUCAUUUCCUACUCAAGUGCUGGUUUUUUUUUUCUUUUUCUUUUUUUUUUUUUUUCCUUUUUUCUUCCUAUUGUAAGAACCUCAAUUUCCCCGUUACUUGUCCUUAACUUUCUGUGCUUUCUCCUCUUGGCUUUUUCUUUCCCGUUUAAUUUACUUCUCAAUGUCUGCUUUUGAAAAUGCAUGGUGAGGUUCAGCCCACGCAUCUCAUCAACACAAAGCAGCAGUUCUAAGUUGAAUUGAGGCUCAUUUGAUUUAAACCCAGUUUGGCCAGAAAAUGUUGACAGUACUAAAUGAAAUUUGAACAGCAGUACAAACCUGUGUACCGGGCUGGCCUUUGCUUCAUCGUCGUGUUACAAGUUCCCAUCUCCUGGCUGUGAUUAGAGCGGCUCAGAUUCAACAGGCACUCCUCUGUCUUCUAUAAUGAAAAGUAAUUUGUACCAGGGAAUGAAGAGCAAGGAAACUUCUGGGUUGACCUGCAACGUUUUGUGCAAUCCUAAAGUGCACAUUUUGGUGGCGAGGGGGAGUUAAGUGAUUCCCCUCUUCCGUUUAAGAAAUUUAAUUUAAAGUAAAAUUUCACCAGAAAGCAAAAAUGGCAACAAAGUAGGAAGAAUAUUUAAUAAAUAUCUUCUCUUCCCCCCCCCCCCCCUUUUUUUUCUUUUAGCUAAGGCUGCUUCUUACAUUUUACGUGAACUAUCAUUUUAAUACCCCUUUAAUUUCCUUUACAUACUUGCUACUCUCUCUUAAGUCCCCCCAGAUAUACAAUUUAUUCUACUAAUGAGUAGAAUUCUGCAUCUGUAAAACUAUGGGCUGAGUCAUCUUCAGGUCAUAUUGAGAAAGGCUGAGCUGUAUCCCAAGAAAUCCUUUUUACUGAAACUACACUGUUUAAAUAAUAUUGCCAAGAGUGUAAGCUACUGAAGUCAAUCUGUUCUACUUUCCAGAAGACUCAGUAAACAAAAAUACUUAGUGCAGGAGGAUAGCAAGUCCUAGUAAGUAUGUGACACAGACGAUUCCCCAAAGCACACAAGUAUUAGAAGCAGCAGCUGAAGCAGAGGUAAUGAUUGCAAGCAAUGCAGUGGAGAAUGCAGAAGUAAAAAUCAUCAAACUAACUAUUCUGAGGGCUUUGUCAGUGACUUGCUCUGAAACAGCUAGAAGCAGCCGUUGUUUAGAACUAUCCGAAGCUGAAGAGAAGAAAAUGCAGAAAAAUGAAAGAAAGAAGAAAAAAGAACAACAGAUCUCUUCCCAAAACAAUAAAGGGGGAAAGAAAUUGCCAGCUAAGAAGAUACCACAUCAAAAUUCUUCAUUUUUAAGCCUGCAGAAUAACAUGAUUUCCCAGAAAAGAAAUAAAGUGGCUCAGCGAAUAUUAUCAGCAAGACUUCAUAAAAUUAAAGAGCUGAAGAAUGAAAUAUUUGAUUUGCAGCGCAAGUUAGAAGCAUCAAACUUAGAAAACCAGGUUUUGAAACGGCUUUGGUAUCGGCACUCAAAAGCAAUAGGUGGAUAUGAAAAUUCAGAAAGUGUCUUGCCUGAUCUGUUAGCAAGGCAUUACAGUGAGGUGAGUACUAUGAGGAAACACCUGAGGAUGUCUCAGGAGGAAGAAAGACGUGCAUCCAGAAGGCUUAGGAAAGUUGAAGCAGAGCUGCUAAAAGCUAAAGAUGAUUUGCAAGCCUUGUAUAAGCUUUCAGAAGACAAGACUCUUGCUGAGAAAGAGGAACUUUAUCACAGAUUAUCAGUCCUUGCAGAAAAAAUGGAAGUGAAUAAUAAGAGAAUACAGAGCCUAGAAAAGCAGAUGAAGUUGAACAAUAGCACCUUUAGUCGCCAGCUGGCAAAUGAGAAUAAAAAAGCUGUUGAAGCUGGGAUAAUUACAAAGAACUUGCAAAUGGAAAUUAACUCUCUUCACCAAAAAAUUAAGGAAAAGGAUCGGCAACUUUACAUAAAGAAUAUCUACGCAAAUCGUUUGCUUAGAAUCCCAAAGGACAAAGAGGAUUCAGUACCUCAUAACAAAAGUAAAGGUCUCAGUAUAAACACAUCAGUGCAAGUAAAUAAACAGCAUUUUACAUCACUGCUAUCUCAGUACCAACCCCAGGAAAAAGAAGAAAGUACAGUUCUGCUACAUGAGGAGGAAAAGGCAUCAGAAGAUAAGAAUCAAAAAGCUAAAGCAAGCAAAGCAUACACUGAUGCCAAAUGUGAAACAGAAAAGCAGUCAUCCAAGAAAAUACCAAAGCCAGAAAAUUUUGGUCAAACUCAUGGAGAAUAUUUAAAGGAAAACAAACCGCAGACAGCACACACUUGUCUGGAAUUUGUAAAACAAGAAAGAAAGAGAGACUUGCUUAAACAGAAGUCAAAGAAAGCUGAAGAAACUCUGCUAAAUGACAGUGUAAAAGAGAACAGUCAAGAGGAAGAUGCAGUGGAAGAGAAAGAAAAGAAGUCAGAAGAACAACUAAGAAGUGGGAAGGCAGGGAGUAAUUUUUUAACUCCAAGAAACAAAAUACUCUCUAAGCUGAAAAAACAAUACGUAUUCUCAGAAACCACUGAAAAUUUGUAUCACGGGCUUCCUACAUCAGGUACAAAAUCCACAAAAUGCAGUCUUUGUAACAACAGACACGCAGGUCAGCACCACUGCAAAGAAGAAGAAUCAAAAGUAAAGAAACUGUCUGGGCUACACGAACCACCCUUCAGUAAAGUUACCAACAUAAGGCAGAAAGACAGUUUGACUGAAGCAGAAGGCUGUGCUCAUACAAUAUUCAGUGAAAGGAAGAAGAGUCUUAUGAAAGAACUCUUUGGACAAGGCAAUGUUUGCAAAGACAGCCAUUCAUGUUCUAACACGAGAGGAAUGGAGAGAAAGCUGUGAGGGGAUGCAUGAUUACACAAGCGAAAUGUUAACCCUCCAAUGAUUUAUAAAAUAGUGUCUAUCAUCAAUGAGUCAUUAUGAAUAACCUUAUAAUACACAAAAUUGGUAUCUAUGAAGUAUAUUCAGCUUACCUUUCAAUUACACACUGUUUUUAGCUUCAUAAAAUGUAUAUAAAAUCUUAGAAGUUUUGAGAAUUUCUGUCAAUGACUUUCAAAAUGAGAGGCAAAUCAGCUGUCACAGCAGAACAUUUUUAUUAUUGAUGCGCAUGUAUGCAUUUUUGGGUGCCUCAACAAUUUUGUCAUUUUACCUGUUAUAGUGAGGCAUCCAAGUUAGUCCUUUUUGGUUAAUUUUUUGCAUUCUCUCUGCAGUUUGAAUCUUAAGUUAUUUGUUAACUAGCUGCAGUGAGCAGUCUUCUUUCAAAAGAUUCUUCACUGAAUUGCUACCUAAAAUGUACUGAAAGAAAAUAAUUUUCUUUUCACUCCUGACAUCACUUCCAGAAUUCACACAAUAAUUUGCUAUUACAUUGUUUUCAUUAGCAUUAUAAAGCUCUAAAGCUCCAUUCUUUUCCGCUGUUAAAACUUACCAAAGCAGUUUGCCUGGUAACUACCACAGCUGACAUCCAGAAUUGAAUGUGCACGACUAAAGCAUUGUUCUGGACAAGUCAGGCAUAUCUAGUUCUCAAAAAGCCUUUAAAAAUCUUGCAUUUAAGGUUAUGUAAGUAAGGGUAGGAAGAUUAUGUCUUGUUUCUGGUGGAAAUUCAUGAAAGGCUGCUACAAUGUAAGCUAGGAAAAAGGUAUUCUACUAAAUUUUAAAAAGCAGUAGCAAAAAAAAAAAAAACCCAAACCACAACACCUGUACUAUGAAAACUUCUAAAGGCAAUUAAGGUAUUUUGAACCUACUUGUAAGCAUACUUAUCUUCAAGUUCUUUAAGUAGUACUUGAGCUGUGAAGCAGAUUUUUCAAGAAUGAUUUAAUGCAGUCAAAAGAGUACUUCUCUUCUAUGUACUAUUAAUACUUCUACAAUCCCUUUCCUGCUGUCUCCAAAGUUAAGAGCAAACAAGCAGACAUAAUCCAGCAUUCCUGGUUGUACUAAAUCACCAAAAGCCUCUCUGCCCCUAUUCGUUUAGAUGUCCGACCAGAGCUGCCAACAAACUGUAUUUCAUUAUCUCAUACUAACCGUGGAUAAAUAGCAAAUGCCUUUGUCAAUAUUCUAAAUGAUACUGCUUUUCUUGACUCCACUGUGUUAAACUCUGUAACAAGCUAAGUGGCAACAUCAUAGCUUUUAUCUUUAUAGUCAGAAAUACAUCAACUGCAUAGUUAAAAAGUCUGUAGACUCCAACACUAUGAAGAACACAGGUGGGUUUUAUUUUGUUUAGGAAAACUGUAAUUAACAUUAAAAAUGUGGAUUAGAAAACCUGAGGUGGACUGAAAAACUUUAUUUCACAAAUAAAAACACAAUUACAUGUAACAGAUUCAAUCUUGACUUUUUUUCUUGUCGAUAUUUAAUGCCUUCACUUUACUGUUGGCUAAAUGCAAUCCCUAAUAUAAAAACAAAUUAGUUUUUAAAUAACAUUUAAGAAAAAAAAAAACAUUUAAUGAAUACAUACACUCAGACAUGCAGAAAAUGUGUCAUCAUUCUUUGAAUUAAUUCUAAAGGCAGUUCUAAAUAUAUGGAAGCACUCCAGCCACUUCCUGCAGCCAGGCAAAGGACCUGAAAUAAUACAACACUGUAUGGACCACGAGCUAAGCCAAAAUCUGCAAAAGCUUUGUUCAACCUUAUGUCCAAGGAGGUAUUAUAGAGCUUUUUAAAGCCACUGCUUUGUCUGCUGGAACAGAGUGGGUUGCAGAUAGCACAGAAGUUAACACAGCUUUUCUGUUGUGCAACUGCAGUACUGGAAAGAAUUACUAUCAUUAAUGUAUGCUGAAGCUCUAGGGAUGUAGUUUUCUGCAGAAUCAACUGUUUUCUACUUUUCCUAACAUGGAGCUUGGAGAGGUUGGUGGACCCUUUUUCUGAAAGCAUGGAAAGAAAUACUGUUUGCAAUAUUUGCUCCAUUUGGGAAGUAGAAAAUGAGGCAAGGAAGGAAAGGUCAGUUAUCAGUAAAAGUAGUGGGGAAAGAAAUUAAAAAAAAAAAACAACAAAACACCUGGUGUUCAAUAAUUCCACAAGGAAUUUUAAAAAUUUUUAUUCCAUGAGGAAUUUAAAAGAAGUGUUGAAGUGACCGGCUGACCCGCAUUUGGCAAUUGAGAAAUUAAUCUAAAAUAUAAGAAGUUGAUUCUGCAUAUAUAUCACUAAUAUUUUCUAAGAUAGUCUGAGAAUAACCCAAUCUACAGAUAAAAAAAAAAAAAAGGAAA